CAUUUUCUUGUGCGCUAGUUAUCCUGUUGAAGGAUUAAGAAAAAUUUCUAAUUUUACGUGAAAUAGUUUAGAUUUUUCGAAAUCUAUGAAAUUGUGGUUUCGCUUCAGUGAACUCAUGGAUUUAAAUAAAUCGCGUGAAAUUCUACCACCAUCACAAAAAUGAGCUCUGAGUCAGACAUGGAGGAGCAGAAGCUCCUUCGUCGGAAAAAGAAAUCCUCUGAGGCCGGUAACUUGCAGCAGCUGGCGGAAACAUGCCGCAAGCUGGGUGAACUGUACAGCGACCGUGGCGAGCAUCGGAAGGCGCUGAAUGAGUUCAAACUAGUAAGUAAGGCGUACCACAGACUGGAGAAACCGAUGGAAGUAGGUCGUGCAAAUCGAUUCAUUGGGGAAAUGUUCAUGUUGCUGGAUGAGUUCGAAAAGGCAUUACAGUACGAAAAGGUGUAUCUGGAAAUUGCUCGGCGACAGGAGGACGACGCGGAAGUGCAGCGAGCUUAUGCUACAAUCGGGCGGGCCUAUUUGUUAAAGGGACAAAGUUGCGAUGAUGUCGAGGCAGCAAAGAAAUCGCUGGAUGAAGCAGAUAAGGCUUUCCAAAAAAGCUUGAAGCUAAGUCGAGAUUUGAAGGGGGUUGGAAAAGUGGAGCAGCUGGACAUGGAAGCUAGAUCGUUACUGAACUUGGGAGUUACUAAGGAACAUCAAGGGAACUUUGAGCAAGCUGUUGAAUAUAUGCAGAAGGCAAUUAAAAUUGCGCAGAAUAACGAGCUACACGAAUUGCUGCACCAAUGUUACAUAUCAGUGGGUCUUUUAUUUGACGUAAAACAAAACAAUCAUUCCAAAGCGUUGAAAGUCUUGAAUGAGGCACUGGAGGUGUCAUCAAGGUUGCAUAAUAAAGCCUCUAAAAUGUGUGAAACAUUGCUGAUUAAAGCGCACGUUCUGAUCAAGAUGGGUGACUUUCAAAGUGCGAAACAGGCGCUGAAGAAGGCAUACAGGCUGAAAACACCGGUUGUAUCAGAUGCGGAGAACAUUGAACGGCAGUUAAAGGUUCUGGUAGCUAUUUGUCGUAUUGAAGAUCAGUUGAUUACCGCCGGAAGUAAUGAGUAUGCUAAAAAGAAGCGUUUCUAUGAAUUGAUGGGGGACGGUGCUUGUAGAUUGGAGAAUUACGGUAAAGCGAUCGAUUACUAUCUGAAGAUGCUGGAAUGCGCUCAGCUGAAUGGAGAGAUCGAUCUGGCUUUGAUCCCUAUUUACGUCAGUUUGUAUCAAACGUACAAGGAUAAUAAGCAGUACGAGGAUGCGUUGAUUUAUCUAUGGAAAGAAUAUAAUUUAAUUGCAAAUGAUCCGAGAGAGGCGUUUAAUACCCUGUUGAGUAUUGCCGAGGUUUACGAGAUACAGAACAAGCCCUUUUUUGAAACCGAGGGCAUCUAUCGCCGAGCUAGGGAGGAAGCCAAAAAAAUGAAAUCACUGAAAAUGGAAGGAAUAUCGUUGAAACGGUGCAUUGCACUGUUGAAAAAACACGGGAUGGAUUUAAUGGUGGAAAAUCUCGAGAAAGAAGCAAUAGAGACCGGUAUUGACUGGGCUUCGGCAGAAAACGUUGCCAGUGAUGACUCGGAUGAGGAACAAGAUCAAACGGAAACUUCGAUUGAAUUCGCAAUCAAUACGCCAGAUAUUGGAGAGGAUGUGAACCUUUCCGAACUGUCAAACUCGGAUGGAGAGAGCAGCAAAAAAUCUGAAGCACAAUCAGAUAGCAGGAGCACUAGAAAGCGGGGUACAUCUUUUCAGGUGAGGAAAAACAAUAAAGGAGAAACUCAGUUGCAUCAAGCUUGCAUCAGUGGGAAUAAGAUGCUGGUUCAAAAGCUACUGGAGCAAGGUCAUCCGGUAAAUAUUCGUGAUCAUGCUGGAUGGCUUCCACUGCAUGAGGCUUGCAUUCACGGCCACAAAGAAAUUGUAGAAAUGCUUCUGGAUCGGGGUGCUCACAUAAAUGAUAAAGGUGGGACAAGUUGCGAUGGUAUAACUCCGCUGUACGAUGCCUGUUCCAAUGGUAAUUUGGAAGUUGUUGAGCUCCUGUUAGAUAGGGGUGCUAAUUGCACUUUACGAACCGAUUCCGGUGACACAACAGUUAGUGUGCUGGAUGUGUGGUUCAAAAGUGUACAAAAGAAGCUUCUGGAUGAACAUAUUUUAUAUUACAAUACAAUCAGGGAUCGAAUGAUGGUGUGUCUCGAAAAUGCGGGUGUUAGGUCGAACGAACUUGCAGCUAUGCCAGAAGCAAUCGAACAGGAAACAAUCACUGGUGGAACCCGUUCGAGUCGCAGGCAAGCAGCUCGCAUUUGCCGAUCCGAUUCCGACUCGGAAAAGGAAGAUGCACGAACAGUUUGUACUGCUAGCAGUAAUCGUAGCUCUGGUUAUGGAAGCACCGUAGAUACAGCUCCGAACUCUUCUCGAAAACGUCCAACAAAAAACCGCUCGAUUUCGCCAGAUCUGUCAUCUGAUUCUGAAGAUUUUGAAAAAGAAGCAUCUGGUUCUUCCUUUCGAGAGAAAAGUUUUAACCAAUCAACCGGAGUAGAGGACUACCGUACAGCAAUGAAGGUACUUCGGAAGGGAACUACUGUUCGGACGCAAAUAGUAUCUCCUCUAAAAGACCCUAAUCCAGGACCGGCAAAACGAUCAGCUUAUAUGCGCCAAGAGGAAGUUGGUGAUGAUUGGUUGGAUGACGAUCUAGGUCAAAGCAGUAAACGGCAGAAAUUUCUCUCCGAUAAAAGUUUUCCCGAAUCGAACCGAUCGGUCCGAAGAAUCUUUGAACCGGAUGAUACUUUGCCAAUCUCGGACCGAACCAUUACUUCUACUGGUCUGGAGUAUGACUCGGACAGCCCAGAGCGAGACGACAGGGCGUCCUCUGAGGAACGAACUCCACCCGAUGCACUCCAAAUGCUAAUGAACGCUUCCAGCAAAAGCUUCCAACGGAAACCAUCAGGCCAGCAGAGCGCUCGUCGUAAUAGCUUCAGUGGUAGUAUUAGAAAUCAGGUAUCGCUGCUGGAUUUAGGCGUCAGUGUAUCGUCCCGGUCAAGCAGCCCCACGCCAAGUUUAGCCGACUGUGGGCUACUGCUACCGGUCGAACAGAAAACACCCGUCAAAGAUGGAUCCGGUGUGACGUCGACGGUCGGAAGUAGAACGCCGACCAAAGUUCUACCACCAAACAUGGUUCGGGUGAUUAUAGAAGGGGAGCCUAUCGAUGUAAGCUACGAUGAGGAUCAAAUCAUGGAGUUAAACGUCGGGUGGUUAAUCAAUGAAGUUGUCAAACGAUACGGAAUCAAACACGGCAAACGCCCUCUGAUGAAACUUUUACGCUCAGAUGGUGGUCUUUGCGUGAAUUGCGAUCCUCUUACAACGUUACUCUCCGACACUGAUUCCAUCAUCAACACCUAUGUUAUCGAGUACGAACAACUGCGCUCGGAGCAAUUCUAUGAAGACUACUGUAAAUAUCACAAUGUUGAACAUCUACCCAAGAUGAAGGAAGUCUUGAUUGAAAUGGAAGACAAGGGACAUCUAAUCUUGCACCCAGAUUUGUUCCGAGGUAUACCUCACCAAUGGGACAUUCUUUUUCAAAUUCUCGGUUUUCAAAGUCGAAUCCGUAAACUUGAUCUCUCCUUCAAUCAACUAGAGGAUACAGAAUUUCAGAAAUUGACGGAAAAAUUACCCGCACUUACUGCCUUGGAAAAGCUGAACCUUUCGAUGAACGUGAUCAGCCACAAAGGAAUUUUCGCCCUGUCCUCUUUGAUAAGACAAAGCCCUGACGAAGGACCUACGACACUAUCAGCACUAAUGCAUUUGACCGAGCUGGAUCUCAGUCGAAAUCCCUUGCUGGAUCAAAGCUUGUUAGUACUGUCUAGCGUCUGCCAACAGCUGACGCAGCUCACCGUACUCCGAUUGGUCUCAACCGCAGUCACAAAUCUAACCUUUGCCUCGCCGCCUUUGGACAUUAGUCGGUUUCAGGUGUUUGACGUUUCGGAAAAUAAUCUAAAUAGGAAGUCAAUAGAUUACCUGUUCAGUAAGUUAAAUACGAGAAUUUUGACUGAACUUAAUAUGCGAUCGCUGGGGAAGCUGAAGGACUUUAUACCUGCUUUGACGACGACGGUUCAGUCCAACGAUUUCGAUAUGUUGCGUUCGUUGAAUUUAAGUAACUGUGGUUUAACUGAUACCGAACUCUGCACCAUUCUAUUCGCUUUACGAACAAGUGCGGAGAAGUUAAAGGAGCUGGACGUUUCAUUCAAUGCGAAACUCACGCAGAAGAGUUUAGUUGAAGUAUUGGAAAGUUUCACGAGCCACACGUUAGAAUCGGUUCGUUUUCUGCAAAACCCAUUGGUUCUGAAGGAUUGGGGAGAAAAUAUGGUUGAUGUUAUUCAUUACGAUCGUAGCAAAUGCUAUCCCAAGCUGGUGGAGUUGAUGGCACCACUGCGUUUGGACGAUAGUUUAAUGGAAGAUCUUCGACGGAAGUUGAGUGCCUUCUGGGAACAUAUUUGGUCAGAUCGCGCGUCAGUGAAAGUGGAUGAACUUAAGAUAACGUUAUUGUUGAAACAUUAGAUAGUGAAUGAAAAGUUUAGCAAUAGAGAGUAAUGAUCUAGGUAA